AGAGGAGGAAGGCCUCUCUGGCGCUGACAGGGGAGUGAGGGUGUGUGGCAUGAGGAGGGGGGGCUCAAUAUCAUUCUCUUUUUAAACAAGCUGCCCAGUUGGCGUGGACAGCAUCAGACCAUACCCUAACAGCAAGGACCUUCAUCCAGACGCGCUGACCAGCGAAGUCAGAAGUCAGUCCAUGGUUUCAAACCAAGUGUGAUGGAGUUCUGGUCUGGGAGUCAGGGGCAAACGCCCCUGUAUGCCAAAUUUGGGACUGUUCCUGGACGAAACUUUGCACAUGCAUAUCAGGACAAGCAUCAGGCAGCAGAUUUUCAACCGUACCUUUGUGAGCGGCAAGACUGGGCCAGGGAGCCCAGCUGUUGGACAGUACCAGGUUCUAGGACCGGAGGGGUCCUACAGGACUAUACCAACGGGACUGAUCAAGACCUGUCACCCUCUGCCCCUCAUUUCCCCUUUGCUCUAGACAGCCAGCCUCGACAGCUUCACGGUUUGAGGGACUAUCAGGCUCAAGAGAAAAGAGAGAGAGAAUGGCUGGUGGGAGAGGCUCAUAGAGCAGCAGCUAGGGAGAGGGAAAGGGAGUGUGAGAGGAGGAUGCAGAGGGAGGUGUUGCAGAGGAGGUGGGAGCCCUGUAGUCCUGUCCACUACAGGAGGGAGCCAGCCAAGAGGAGUUUGAGCAACACUAGCUAUCGGGAGCUGGAGGCCUGGGCGGCACGUUACAGCCACUCACUCCCCAGGAAGAGACGCCUGGAGGCAGGGCUAUGGGGAGCCCAGGGGCCGCAGGAGAGUGAGAGAGUGCUGGAGAAAGAUUCAUGGGGCAACAGAGGUGGAACAGAACACAGAGCAAGUGCAAUACAUCUGGGGGGACUUCUUCAGCCGAGAGAAUGGGGACAGUGGGAGAGAAGGGACACACAGAAAACUAUGUCCCACUACUUGUCUCAGCCUGUCAUUCCUGAUACAACAUACCCAUCAGACACCAAGGAGAAUGAGACAAACUACCAGAAGAGGGUGUUUAGUCAACCUCCAGGCUACAUUCCACCUCCGCCUUAUAACGCCCCACAUAACAUUUCACCAGUAAUGCAACAUGCUGAUAAAUAUACCACUAAAAAAGCAGUGGCUUCUGUGUACGCAGGGUGGAAUCAGGGAGCUAGCAGACACACAUACUGCACACUGCCUUCUCCAAGGAAGCAAGACAACUCUGUACUAGACUUUCAUAGCGAGAGGGGAGGGGGAGAUAGGUUUACAAAAGAGGACUGGAAGCAGAGGACCUGGUCUGAUCCUGGAGGGCAUAGGCAGCAAGGACAUGCUGUAGUUGGUCAAUGGACAGGUUCUUCUGCCCAUCCACAGAACAUCCGAUCUGAUAGCCUCUCACCUCUGCUGCAGUCCCCACAACAGCCUCAGACGUCCAACAUCUGUGAGAUGGCCAACCUCAGUGCCACCAUGGAAAGGAAAGUCAGCCUAAAGAAAAGCAGAGGAGGGGAGACCAUAUUUUGCUUGGUGUCUCGCAUGGGUGGAGCGGCAGGGUUGUCAAGUUCUCCUGAAGAACCACUAAAAACCCUUUCCCUGCCUCUCUUCACCACCUCACCUCGGACAACUGUGUCAAACAGUGAGGUAGACAGGGUAUCUAGAGGCCUAGAAGAGUGUGGUGACAUUAAUGAAUCGCAUAAGCUUGCAGAUGAAGUUGAUUCAGCUGUGCCAUCACUCCAGCAUGAGUCCAGUGCUCCAGCCCAGACCCCUGUCUACAAAAGAGACAGCAAUUUCAAACCUAAAGUGAAGGGGGUACUAGAAUGGAUGGGAAGUGAGCAGGUAGCAGCCCACAGGGAGGAGCUUCUCAGGGCCAUUCAGAGCCGACCAAGGCUUCAAGGAGAAGAAAGAGACCGUCAAAGCCUACCCAGUACGACGGACAUUGAAGUUGCUUUGCCAGAAGGCACCCAGGUUAGUGCUUCAUCCCCUGUAUCCAGGAGAAAAGGGAUGCAGACAUUGGCUCCUGUGUCAGUCAAGUAUCCCUUAUGGAGGGAGCCCAGUUACAUGGGCGGAGUCAAGAGUGACAAUCCCUCACCUUGCUAUUUGAAGGGUACUUGGAAGGAGGGCGAACCAGGUAAGGAUCUGAAUGAUGAUCAUACAGAAAAUAGCCCUGACGAUGUCAAUCAUCCCCUUGAUGUUGAAGUGAGGCGAUUGGAGUUCAAGAGAGACACAGAGUCUGACGGAAGCAGUGGUCUUCUCGUCAUCGACGCAACUUGUGUUGUAGUCAGAGUGGAGUUCAUUUUCCCCCCUAAAAAAGAACAUGUCCAGUAUUUGUGCUCACCAUCUCCUAGUGACCCAGCUGAGCCUGGUCUAGACCCAAGCUCCCCUAUCGACCUUAACCCAAUACAUAACCAAGUCAAGGAAGAUACUUCACCUGAACAGAGCACUGAUAUAUCAGCCCAGGUCUGCCCCCUGUUAGAUAGUGAAGAGCCUGUGAUUGAUUUUAAAAAGCUAGAUGUAGAAGAGCAGGUGGAUAAAGAUCAACAUACUUACUCUGACACACCUUUCACUGAAACAUACUUACCUCAGCAGAGAGAGGACACAAGCCAACUCCCUGAAUCGCUCUCGCUCUCGCUCUCGCCCUCAACUUCAAUUACUGACAGUAAGACAUUGGAGGAGCGUGCUGAAAGGAUUUUGGGGAUCCCUCUUCUGAGCUGUAGUGUUCUGGAUCAAACAGAAGAGGAUGAGUCGCCACAGCCAAACAAUGACAACAAUGACUCCCUUGAGGGCCUUCCCAUGAUUACUCUGGAGGAGUCAGUGUCAGAAAGAUCACCUGAGAUUGUUCAAGCUAAAGAUGACAUUUCAGUUGCAGAGGCUGGUGUCACUUUAGAUGCCCAGUCUUCACCAGACAUAAUUGUGGAGCCCAAGAUGGAGGUGAGAGAACAGACAUGUGAUUUCUCAGUGCAGUAUUCCAGUGAUGGUCUGCCUGACAUACAGGUAAUGUAUUCACAGAAGACAGAUACCACAAAUGUGCCCCCAUUCAAACACUGCGUUCCGGUCAGCCCGGAGGCAGGUGAAAUUGGUGAUGCUGGUUUUUCCCCACCCAUCUCUCAGUGCCUCAACCCACAGCGAAGUUACCCUGAUUCUCCCCCACACUCACCUUUAAAUAUGAAUUCCCCCUCUAAUUCAAGAUCCUCAUCUCCCUCUCAUCACUUCUUGACCAUACCCUCCCAGUUUACUUCUCAAUCUGCUCCUCCUGAAUCUAACACAGAUCCCCUCUGUCUUCCUGAGGAAGUGCCACUCUCUAAAUCAGACAUAAGCUUACCCCUUCACCCUGAUCCCUCUCCCUCGGUCCUACUCUCCCCCUCUAGAUCUCCCUCUCUCUCAGUCCCACUCUCCCCCUCUCGAUCUCCCCCAUCCUCUCUCUCAGUCCCCCUCUCUCCCUCUAGAUCUCCCCCUCCCUCUCUCUCAGUCCCACACUCCCACUUUAGAUCUCCCCUCCCUCUCUCUCAGUCCCCCUCUCCCCUCUAGAUCUCCCCCUCCCUCUCCCUCAGUCCCACUCUCCGACUUUAGAUCUCCCCUCC